AUGAAUGAAAGCACAAAGCACAGAAUGGACCAGCUUUUUCUGUCGCUCAAAGAUAGAGAGCGAUGGUUGGUUGGAAUCGAGUCCGCGGCCUAUCUCGCGGUGAUAUUGACCGCACUUCUGGGAAAUAUUGUGUUAACCUUAGCCAUCUACAAAACAGGGACACUCCGAAAUAGUCAAAAUUACUUUUUGGUGUCGCUUGCCGCUACAGAUAUCCUUAAUGCUGUUUCAUGUAUGCCAUUAACUCUUGCGGCCCUGAUAACAGGGAAAUGGCCAUUUGAAGACUUCGUCUGCCAACUACAGGGAUCUUUUUGGACGAUUUGUACUGGAGUAUCACUGUUGACAUUGGGUUUGAUUGCUUUCAAUCGUUAUGUUAAGAUCGUCCGCUCUGCAAGUCUUUACCAAAAAAUUUUCACUCGACGAAAUGUUUGGAUUUCCAUUGCUAUCUCUUGGCUCAGCUCUGUGUUCUUGUCGUCUUCCGUAUUUCUUGUCGAUAAAACAGCAUUUUCUUUCCACCCUGGAAAGAGUUUGUGUUUCUUUAAACAUCUCAAUGUCACAAACCGGUUAGGCAUUUAUAGCACCAUUCUGUAUGUCAUUUUAACCUCCGUUGCAUUUUCAAUGAUCUUUUUUUGUUACUUCAAAGUGCUUCGCAAAAUCCGCGCACAUUAUGCCCAAGUUAGAAACUCUUCUCUUCAAAACAGAGAAUGUGCAGCUUUUGCGGAGGAAAUUAGAAUUACCACCAUGCUUUUUGUCACUCUUUUAGCAAUAUGUAUCAGUUGGAGUCCUUCUGUAAUUAUUGAUUUCUAUGAACUGUUUGGUAAUGGCCAGUUCAUGUUUAAACGACAACUUUAUUUGCUAAACGUUUUUACUUUUCAAAGUAGUAGCGCUGUGAAUCCUUUCAUAUACGGACUGAUGAAUAGGGAGUUCAGAGAAGGAUACAGGCGUGUUCUUUACUGCAGAGACGGAUAG